GAGCCAUUAUGCUCUUCGGGACUCUCCCUCUAUCCUCAGAAUCGUCAGUCACUUUGUGUUGGAAAGACGUAUUUAUUGCGCGUGUAACGAAUCGACACCACGUAGUUUAAAUCCAACUGGGUAUUGGUGCCUACGUCGCGAUUAACACUUAAUUAAGAGUGCUAACUAGGCACAAGCUUCAAGAGCAUCGGACAAAUGGAGAAUAAGAAAACCACAAAGAAGACUGCCACCAGUGUCGCGGUCGCGAUCGACUCGGACAACCAAUAUGCAGCCUCCUAUUUAAAAACCGGCGCCACACGCGGUAUGGUUUACCAAGUGAAGCUUUUAACAUGGAUCGCAUGGAAGUUGAUGUGCCAAAAGGAUGUCAGGAUUAGUAAUUGGUGGUUGGCUACGGAAGUACGGAACGCGCUUGGUUUUCACGACCUUGUUUUGAAAUAUGCGAUUAAUGAUAUAAAGGGGGACGGAAGCAUCUCCGACAAAAAAUAUGUGUAUCGUUUCAUGCAAAUCAAGCACAAGAGGUCCUUGACAAAAAACUCCAAUAUCACUAGGUGCCAUUUAUUAUCUCAGAAUAAAUUGCAUCGUCAGGGCAGUCUGAUCUAUCUAUUCAAAGCCUACAUAAAUUUGCUUGAUCACUUUAAGGAGAUCACGCCCGAUCAAAUCCUGGACCUAACGAUUUUUACAAACAUGAACAUUGAAGCGUUUAAUUUCUUAGUACCAGUAGAUAAUGAUGGACUCUAUGGUUUCGAGGGAAAGGGCAAGAGAUAUCGUAUUGACAUAAACGCAUUGAAAAAGGUGCCCAGAAUAAUGGUAUGUCUAUACAAUAUCAAAGAGGAUGACGAUAUUAUAAUUGGCUUUCUGAGAAAAUUGGUGUUCAUGGUGUGCCAGCCCUCCGAGCACGAGUUGGAAGAACUGAUCGUUGCAGAUAUGGGCGAGACCUUUAACACGCCACAAAUCUUCUACGAUAACUUGUACAAGAAUAUGAUCAACUGGUUUCUUAUUUAUGAUGCCGGCAAAGCACCAUAUCUCACCAAAGACCUCGUAAAGAAGCAUCUGAAAAAGACUGAAGCUGUAAUGAAGGAAGUGAAGAAUACCGAAAUAUUUGUCGAUUGUCCAGUUUUGAACUUGUCAGAUGAAUUAAAAUUGUUAUCUUUGUAAAGAGAUACAAUUUUCACUUAGUAAGCUUUCAUUUCUUUUGGACAAAAUAAAGUACAGUGCCUUACUUUUUCGAUUUAUUAAAAAAAAGCGCUCAAAAAAUAUUUUUUUUAUGACUUACGCGUUGUAUUGUUUUGCAUGUGAUAUAAGUUUUAAAUUUUACACUAGAAAGAUUAUGUUAUUUUAGUAAAAUGAUGUAUACAAGAGAUUUUUAGGUAUAAUAUCUACUUAUAAUGUCAAGAUUUAAGUUUUUUUUUUUUUUUUCAAAAUGCAUGGGCUACAGAUAUACAGUAUCGCGUACUGGCAUAUCAUAAAACAAUAAGGCCCAAUUUCAUUAAUGUAAGAUUAACGACAACCUCGAUUUACUCUUUUUAGAAUUAGAACAAGACAAAAAUUAAAUUGA